UCCAACCAACUUAACCGUCUCUCUCGCCUCGUCUGCAAAUAGCCAACUGUGUCUCACUCUCACAGUCUCACACUCUCCUCUGCUCUGCUCCGCUCCGCUCACGAGACACACUAACCAACUGUCACUUGGCCGAGCAAUGGAGCCAAAGAGCAGCAGCAGACACAGCUUGUGCGUGCUUGCAGCCAUGCUUCAGCUGCUGCUCUUCGCUCCGAGCUUGGCCGCGGCGUUCAACUACGCCGACGCGCUCGCCAAGUCCAUCAUCUUCUUCGAGGGUCAGCGCUCCGGCAAGCUGCCGCCCGGCAACCGCAUGCCCUGGCGCGGCGACUCCGGCCUCAGGGACGGCGCCCAGUACAAUGUGGAUCUGGUCGGCGGGUACUACGACGCCGGCGACAACGUCAAGUUCGGCCUGCCGAUGGCGUUCACCACCACGAUGCUGGCGUGGAGCGUCGUCGACUUCGGCAAGUUCAUGGGCGCCGAGCUGCCACACGCCAGGGCCGCCGUGCGCUGGGGUGCCGACUACCUCCUCAAGGCCGCCACGUCCACGCCGGACACGCUCUACGUCCAGGUCGCGGACCCGAACCAGGACCACCGGUGCUGGGAGCGCCCCGAGGACAUGGACACGCCGCGCAGCGUCUACGCCGUCACCAAGGACAAGCCCGGUUCCGACGUCGCCGCCGAGACGGCCGCCGCGCUCGCCGCGUCCGCCAUCGUCUUCCGCCGCGCCGACCCGGCCUACUCGUCCAGGCUGCUCCACGCCGCCAUGAAGGUGUUCAACUUCGCGGACCGGCACCGCGGGUCGUACAGCGAUUCGCUGAGCGCGUUCGUGUGCCCUUUCUACUGCUCCUACUCCGGCUACCACGACGAGCUUCUGUGGGCCGCGUCGUGGCUGCACCGCGCGUCGAACAACGUAUCGUUCAUGUCGUACGUGCAGGUGAACGGCAUGCAGCUGGGCGCCGGCGACGACGACUACUCCUUCAGCUGGGACGACAAGCGGGUGGGCACCAAGGUCCUCCUCUCCAAGGGGUUCCUGAGGAAGAAGCUGCAGGGGCUGCAGCUGUACAAGGCUCACUCAGACAACUACAUCUGCUCGCUGGUGCCUGGCACGAGCAGCUUCCAGUCGGGCCAGUACACGCCGGGCGGGCUCGUCUACAAGGAAGGCGCGAGCAACAUGCAGUACGUGACGACGGCGACGUUCCUGCUGCUGGCCUACGCCAAGUACCUCCGGUCCAGCGGCUCGUCGGUGGUCUGCGGCGCCAAGGACGUCUCCCCGGGCGAGCUCAUCGCGCUGGCGAAGCGGCAGGUGGAUUACAUCCUGGGGAAGAACCCGGCGGGGAUGUCGUACAUGGUGGGGUUCGGCGCGCGGUACCCGCGGCGCGUGCACCACCGCGGCGCGUCCAUGCCGUCGGUGCGCGCGCACCCGGGGCGCAUCGGGUGCGAGGAGGGGUUCAGGUACCUGCACUCGGGCGCGCCCGACGCCAACGUGCUGGUGGGCGCCGUGGUGGGAGGGCCCGACGCGCGCGACGCCUUCGCCGACGACCGCGACAGCUACGGGCAGUCGGAGCCCGCCACGUACAUCAACGCGCCGCUCGUCGGCGCGCUCGCAUUCUUCGCCGGCACGGCCAAGUACUGAAGCGUGCCAGAUCGGUCGGGCCAGUAGCGUUGCUGCUUUAGCUAGGCGUCGCGUCGUGUCGUGUCGGUUGGAGUGUGACUCGAGUGGAAACCUGAGAGUUGGUACGAGUUGGAUGGGUACGUGACAUGACAGUGUGGGAGCGCCAAGGCAAGAGAUUUUGGUCGAGCUCCCCCGUCAGCUGUAUUUCGCCACUUCUGUGAGCAAAAAAACUGCAGAACUUGGCCACCAACGAGUUUGGAGUUUGGACUUCUCCUCAGUCCUCACCAUGAAACCGAG